AAACCCUCCGCAUUCGUUCCGGAUACCUCUUAUUAGCUUCCUCAUCGGGUUCAUUGAAGUGAAGUAGGAGUGGCAGAGAGACAUCGUAUAAAAUGUUGAAGUUCCUAUCGAGGGUGAGAAUCGAGUUCAAUGCCUUGGACCCGCGAACUGCAUCCUGUAUGGAGUUUUUGGCACAGUGCAACGCACGGAAGGCCAAGGAAUCAAACCCUGGGUGUCAAGUGGUGGUGAAGCGCCGAACUGAUGACCACCCACCGCAGAUUACUGUCACUUUCGUCAAUGGGGUUGAGGAAGUGUUCGAUGCAACAUCCACCCCUGCACAGACCAUUAGGAAUAUGAUUCUCGAAAAAGGUCAGCACCUGGAGACCGAGCAAAUGUUCCGCGAGGCGGGUGAAGCCUGGCCUGUCAUUAUACCCGAGGAAGAGCUUCGCCAACCUGCACCAGGUGUCAAACCGAGGAAAGCGGAAGAGAAAAAGCAGUAGCAAAAUUCCUCCAAGGGGACUGGACAAAGAUGAGCUAGCAGAAGUUUGAACAACCGAGAUUGAGAUUUGUAGUGGAAAUUUCAACUGGAGCCACCGAGCCCAAACAUGGAUUUGAUUGUUCCCAUGCAAAUUCUCAUUUAUGCUUUGAUGGAAUUUUAUUUAGAAACUUUUCUAACCUUUGACAGCCAAUGCAUCUAAGAUUUCAUUCAUCUUCAUAUCAGAUUGAAUGACGCGUUCUAUGUA